AUGGAGGUCAAGAUUUUACCCUCCAUCAGCUCCAACAGAGAGAUGUUGAAACGACUCAAGUCGGGUGAAAAGACAACAGCUGCUCCGAGUAUCGGAUUAGUCCCGAUGGAUCUCAAUUCCCAAGAGCAGAUCGCUGCACCCACUGAUCAAACUUUCACCAUCUUCCCGAACCUUCCACUCGAGCUCCAGCGCAAAAUAUGGGAGUUUGCUGCUGUUCCAAUUCCGCGAACGAUUGAAAUACAAAGCAAAUACAAAGAAAACACCAACAAAUACGUGACAUCUUUCUACGAAAAAGUCUUCAUUCGACGUCGCGUCCUAUUUGACACAGUCAUCUCUCCUAUCCCAACAAAUCUUCUGCAUGUCUGUAGCGAAUCCCGCAAUAUCGCUUUGCGAAACUACAGCUUUCGGACUUUUUUCCGUCGUCCGUUUUACUUGAAUGAAGGUAGGGAUAUUCUCUGGGUGCGCGGCCCAGCCAUUAUUGUUUUUCUCUCAAAAGAUGGUAGUAUCACCACACACUAUCCCAGGGAAGAAGGAACAUUCCGCCACCUGGUCUCAAAAUACAAGUUCCGCCAUCUCGCCAUCGACUACCAAGCCCAGUGCAAGCCAUCCCCCAUGUGGUCGAAUUUCUUCCCGGGCCAGUGCAAUCGCAGCUGGAAUGUGUGUUUUUGGAGUAACUAUAUCUUGGGGGGUCUUGCGAUUGAGAGAAUCUACUUGGUUUAUACGAAGCCGGGAGAGCAGAAGAUGGCGCAGGAAGAAGCGGAGACUAUGUUUGAGCUGGCGAAAAAAUUUAUGGCGCAGAAGGAGAAAAAUGUAACGGUGGUCAGUCCGGGGAAGAGCUACGGAGUUGAGGCGGAGAACUCCAUUAGGGUUUAA